AAGCCCGACAUUGUUUCAGCAGCGCUGUGGAGUAAUAUGCCCUGUUUUUGUUUUAUUGUUUGAAUCUUAUAAUAUAAACAUGGACUUAGAUUACUUUUUCCGUGAAAUUAGUAGAAACGAAGAUCGUUAUCUGCAGUCACUGGAGCAGAUUUGUAGAAAGUAUUCAGCAAUAAAAGAGGAUUCAAUCAUUGUUGACUUGGAAACUAUGACCUGCCAGACACCAGAUGGUAUACUGCCUUGGGAUGGUGAAGUAGUUUACAGCAAAGAGUUGAAGAGAAAGAAGUUACAUGACAAGCAAAAGAAAUGCAAGGAUUGUCCUCCUGGGGAGACCAAGGAAGGGAGUGUGGCUGGUUUCUGUCAGCCUGCGAGUGCCUCUGGAAAACAUGUCGCAGAAAAGCUAAAGGAUGCUGUAAAUGAUGAAGAGAUGAUGGGCAAUGACAGCAGGUAUUCAGAGACUGAACAAGAUUCUGCCGAUGGACACUCUCUCCAGGAUUUUCAAGAUGAGGAGACUACAGUUCAUGACUGUGACAUCAAGAUAUUGGAGGACACCACGGACAACAGCAACUUUCUUCAGGAUCUGCACAGUGAUGAAGAGAAAACUGUUAAUGAGGAUGACAGCAUGUCUUCUGAAACUGAACACGACUGUGUUGCUAGUAACCAGGAACAUUGCAGUGUUGAGACAGCAGGUGAUGACUGUAUGAUAUUGGAAGCUAGUCAAAACCCAGCUGAUAAUGAAACUCUUCAGGGUCCAAGUGGAGUUGGAGGUGUCCUUUCGAUGGAUGUCGGGAAACAGUACCGAGUUGAUGUUGACAUUUUGAUGCAAGAUGAGGAGGACCUGCCCGGCUAUGUUUUGGUUGACUGGGUGCAGAAAUCUCAACAAAGUCCAAACAAUUUUGAAAAUUCAAUGGGAUACCAUGGGGAAAGAAACAAAGAAAAUGCCUCUUUUGUUGUCACACCUGUUAAAGCACCUAAUCGAUUGAAACCUUUGGAGGAAACAUUUGAUGUAACUAAUGUGUCUGGAUUGGAGAGCAGUAACAGUUCCUCGGAUUCUUUCCUGGCUGACCUAUAUCCUGGAAUGGUGGCUAAAAUGCAGAACGUAAUAAAGAGGGAGUUAAGGGCACAUGCUGCAACUAAUGUGCUAAAACAUUAUCGUAAAAACUCUUGGUAUAGCAAUUCAAAGUCUUCCUUUUCCAAGGGUGUAAUUCGGAGAAAGAAGUCUAAAAGUAAACACAGCGAGACUGUAAUUCUGCUAAAAGCUGAUCAUGCGUCCUCCUCUGAAGGCAUUGAUAUAGUUCAGUCUCCAAACCAGCUGGAUAAGGGGUCGCCCUAUAGAACCACGAUUGUAUCUUCAAAUAGCAGUGUUAGUUCUCUUGGGGGACAUUUCCGGCCUAGAGAUUCCUGUCUAACCAGUUCUUCAGCGGUUUUUGAAACCAGUCCCCAUGUAGUCUUUGCAGGUUCUCUUGGACAUAAAUCCCUGAGUGAAACUAAGAUUGCAUCCACUCCUCGUACACCGUUAAGAGAAUCAAUUAAAGCCUGUUCUGUGGGACAUGAACCCCUCUGUGAAACCUUGAAUGAUUCCUCUUACCAAACAUUACCUAGAGGGAGUCCAUACGUAACCAAUCCAAGUUCUUUGUCCAGUAAGCCACCAAGAGGGGACUCCUCUGAGGCUACAGCAAGUCCAUUUAGACAUGAAAUGGCCAGGAGAUCUCUUCUGUCAGCCAUGUCUAGUUCAGUCGCAGUUACACCAACAAGAGGCAGAUCCUAUGAAGCUUUUACAGUUGAAUCACCAAGAAGGGAGCUGCUUUCUGUCAAAAGUUCUAUGACUAUUAAACCAAUAAUGAGGAGACUCUGCGAACACAUUCAUAGCUCCCUUGUGCCAGGGUUACUCAAUGAAACCAUGAUUAUUUCUCCAAAAGAGAAAAUGUACAAUGCCAGUGAAAGUUUAGUUCAACUUGAAUCACCAAGAAGGUGUGUUUCUGCUAUGCCAAGUUCUUUGGUGGUUACACCAACAAGAGCAAGAUCUUUUGAAACCACGUCAAGAAGGGCACUUCUUUCUGCUAAACCAAGUUCUCCUGCAAUUUCACCAAGCAUAGAGAGAGUGAUGCAGUGUUCUGUUGGUAAUGAACUGCUAGGAUGUGAACCUUUGUCUGUUGCAGUUAAUCCAGCAAGAGAGAGAUUGUGUGUGGCUUCACAAACAGCAAACUCUGCUGCUAUGGAAAAUGUGGUGCUAAGACCAAAAGGCGCUUGUCGUUUACUAAGAAGGAGUCAUUCAUAUUCAGGAUUAAGCCAGAAAAACAGCGGAGUGAACGAAGAAUUUGAAAGCCUUUAUCAAAGGCUGUGUUCCCCAAAAGGCAGCAAUAGUUUGCUAAAGGAAGCUGGUAGAAAUGAGCGAAUAUCUUUUUCUCCCAGUUUUAGAGCUGUGAAAAGACCAAGUUCUUGUUAUCCAUGUGAAGCCUUCACUCGAAUGAAAAGAGUCUGUGGUGAAUUUGAAGCAGUCAGUUCCAUGAAGACUUUGCCUCAAAAUGGCAGUUAUCACAUGCAGCAGAACAACUCUCCAAAGUCAUCCCCCAUUAGGAGCAAUACAGGGAGUAUUCUAAGACCUCGUGUGGCAAGUGCUUGGGAUGCAAUGAAAUAUAGAUCCUCAUUAAGAAAAACCCACUCGUAUUCUAGCUUACAGCAUGCUGAACUCCAAACAAGCCCAUUGAAGAUUACUCAGAUACCUGAGAAUUAUACUUCUGUAGUUGGCGGUGGACAUAAGCAAUCCCCUUUGAAAGUGAUACAUGGUAAAGAUGGUAUAAUCUUUGUAAAGCUGCAGAACCCUGUUUCGCCAAUGAUUCCCUCUUCUAAACUCUUUUAAAUUGGGCAUCCAGACUGCUGACCUAUCUUUUGUCCUGUGUGAAAAUGUGGAAUAUGCCCCCCCAAGUGUAUGUGGAAAGUUGUUUUAAAUUUGUUUUAAAUGUUUAUACAGUACCAACAUAAAUUCUGGAAGCAGCAAAUGAUUAACAGCAAGGCUAGUGGUGUUGCCAGUUUUUCCUUUCAGCUCAGACCGCUUGAUUCCUAAAUGCCUUGGGUCUGUGAAUAAUCAUCUCUCUAAAAAAUAUGGAAAAGAUUUUAAUGAGCCAUCUCAAGUAUAAUAGUGCCCCAAAAUGUUUUCCUUUUUGGGAAGUUUGUUGCCGGAUAACCUCACUGACUAUUUGCUCACUAAAUAUCUCGGUAUCCAUGAAUAGAAAAUGGUUUAGUUUUAAAAAUAAGCAAAAUAAUCCCGCAAGUGACAGAUUAUGUGUUUUUAAUGGAGACAAGGAACUAUUCAGGGAUACCAAUAUAUUUGGUGAGCAAGUAGUCUGAGUGAAGGAGGUUAUAGCUCCCCAUUCUCAGAGACACUUGAGAUGCUUUGAUCUUGAAAAUAUUUUGCAUCUUUUUUUUAAGAGGUGGUUAUCUAUUCAGGGUGACCAGUGUGUUUUAAUGUGUGAGUGAGAGGGGGGGGGGGGGGGUAAAUCGGCAAUAGUCAUCACUCUGCGUUCUAGAAGUUCAUUUUGUUUCCAUAACUUUGUGCCAGUAUUGUAUGCAAAUCAUUGUUGUCCAGGUCAACUGGAAACAUGUCAUUCUCUGACCUGUUUGUUUAGUUAGGGUUGUUAAUAACUUGUUUGUUUCUAUAUGUGUAAAUGGAUUCAUUGAAGAAAAAAAAAAAGUUUAACCAUUUAUAUUUUAAGUGAGUGGUAAUCAGUGUGAAAGGUAGAAUGGAAAGGGGUUUUAUUAUUGUUUCUUUUUUUCACACUGAGACUUGCUUUUAAAAAGUUUAAGCUCAUUAUGUGUAUUUUUCAAAUACAGUGGUAUAUAUUCCUGGUACCAAACUGCUUCCUGUAAAUCUGGUCUAAACACAGGAAGUCAUCAAACUUAAUAGUGUUGCAUUUAAAAAAAAAAAAAAAAACUGUAUUAAAGAGACAAACAGUCUGAGAUAUUCAGCACCUGAAAACAGGAAAUCUAUUGACUUGAGUAAAGUAUUGAGGUACGAUCAUUACAACCCCAUCACUGUGGAUAAUAGACGUAGAUUAAUUAAUUGUUGUUAGUCACAAACCUUGUAAAUUGUAGUUUUAAUUUCACACCAAAAUAUUUAAAGAAUGCCAUUUGUUUUUUAAAUGUUAUUUCAAAAGUUGCCUUUUUAUAUUUGAAGAUGUUUCAGAAGAUCUUGUUUUUAAUGUUUUUGUAGCAUGUUAUUAUGUGGAAAUUGUUUCCCUAAAGCUGUAACUUAAAGCUGUUAAAUCUGUUGGAACCACAUCCCGUGAGAAGGCAAUUAACAGUUGAAUCUGUUUGGGUUCAUCAAGAUCUGAAAAGAUGCCAAGUUUAUUAUAAAUCUGAUUUUUAUUAAAUACAUUUAAAUAAGACUGGCACACGUGUGUAUCAGUUGCUUUAAUACCUGUACAAAUUCUCAGUUCUCAUCUGCAAAAAAAGCAGAACAUAUUGUAGCCAUCCUGGUGGCACAGCCUCUGCAAUGCAAGCAGCUGAAGUAGUGUGAAGGGUUUUGGAACAUGUGCUGCAUCUGCACAAAGGGAAAUAGAUCUUUCGCCCCUGUGGUUUGUUGAGUUUAAAACUUGCCUUAAUAAAUGUUCCCUGUUGUGAGAUGUUGUGGACUAGUUUGUUAGUUUACAGGACUGUGAAAUUGCUUGUACUCUAUAUUGUGUACCAGAUAUAUGCAUAUGCUCGUGAUUUUUUUUUU